UCUAUUGCGCGUGUUUUCACCUUUUUGAGUCUUUAUUAACCUCGUCUCUGUUGCAUCCUAACGCCAAACCACCACUACUGCUCUCCUCCUCUCUGUUUUCUCCUCUGUUUUCUUUCCUCUCUCUCCUUUUCCACAAUCUUCUCAAAUCUUCAGAGUGUGUGUUGAGUUCUCUCUGCUGCCUUUUCAAAGAGGGAAUGACGAACCAGAAUGUGAUAUCAUCCGAUGCGAAAUCGGGUAAAAAUAUCAGGAUCAGCUGUAUUCUCUUGCACAAAUCUUUAUUUUCACCGGCUAUGCCAAAGCCAUUACCUGCUCCUAGACUUGCAAAGAUGAUUGAAACAGGUGGAGCAGCAGCAGCAGCAGCUGCUGCAGAAGUAGCCAAAACUAAUGUUUGGGUUAAUUCAAUGAGAGAUUCUUCCCCUACCCGUGUCAAAUCCACCUCUUCUUUAUCUGAAACCGAGGAAAAAAAUUCCUGGAUUCUCAAACAUCCUUCGGCUUUAAGCAUGUUCCACCAAAUAGUGAAUGCUUCUAAGGGAAAGCAGAUUGUGAUGUUUCUUGAUUAUGAUGGUACACUCUCACCCAUUGUUGAAGAUCCUGAUCGAGCAUUCAUGACUAAUGAAAUGAGAGAGGCUGUUAGGGAUGUUGCAAGAUAUUUUCCUACAGCUAUAGUCACUGGAAGGUGCAGAGACAAGGUCUACAGCUUUGUAAAAUUGGCGGGGCUUUACUAUGCAGGUAGCCAUGGCAUGGACAUAAAGGGACCAUCCAAAACUCGCAAAUACAAAAAAGAUCAUCAAGCUCUACUGUUUCAACCUGCCAGUAAAUUCUUGCCCAUGAUUGAUGAGGUGUACAAAGUUCUGAUAGAGAAAACAAAAUCCAUCCCUGGUGCUAAAGUGGAAAAUAACAAAUUUUGCAUAUCCGUACACUUCAGAUGUGUUGAUGAAAAGAUGUGGGCUGCAUUAGCUGAACAGGUUGGAUCAGCACUUAAUGAUUAUCCCAAGCUUAGACUAACUCAAGGGAGGAAGGUUUUAGAAAUCCGACCAAUCAUUAAAUGGGAUAAGGGCAAAGCUCUGGAAUUCUUAUUAGAAUCGCUAGGAUAUGCUAAUUCUAACAAUGUUCUACCCGUCUAUAUCGGUGAUGAUCGGACUGAUGAGGACGCAUUCAAAGUUUUACGAAACCGGGGACAAGGGCUUGGGAUUCUUGUUUCUAAAGUUCCAAAAGAAACGAAUGCCUCUUAUUCUUUACAAGAGCCAGCUGAGGUUAAGGAUUUCUUGCGGCGUUUGGUAGACUGGAAACGAUUCUCUCCUGGAGGAGCAUGUAGGGUGUAAAAGUAAAGUAGAAAUUGACUUCCACCCUUUAAUAGUUGGUCAAUGACCAAGGUGGAAUUGAAAUAUGUAAUUUUUCUCUUUAAACAUUGUAAAUGAAGAGCAAUUUAAAGAUAUAUGGAAUACAAAGAAUUCCAUAAUUUUGCAAGGAA